AGUUUUGAAGGUCAAGGAAUCCGAAGCUUCUGAAAGAAACCAUUGUAGUUGCUGGUCUUCCAGUUGGUUCCGUCACUGAUCAAUCGCUGACCGUAUUAGUGAAGAGUCACUUUCAAGAUAUUGAGAAUGGGGGUGGAGUUGUUGAAGAUGUGAUAUAUCCAACAAGAACCAAGGGAGUUGCAUAUGUAACAUUCAAAGAAAAAAAAGUUGCAGAGAAUGUCAUCAGAAAAAAGAAACACUAUCUAGCAGAGAUGGUCAGACCCGCUCAACUCACCGUCUCCCAUUUUAGUGAAAAGGUCUUCAGCUCUGUAAAUGCUGUCCUUGAUCUUUCUGUUUUUCGGAGUCAAAUUGGUCUGAGAAGUCUGGUAAUGGACCUGAAAAGGGAAAUCCCAGCUUUAUGCUUCAGUCCUUUGGAAGCCAAUGGAAGAAUCUCCGUUCAAGGAUCAUUUCUGGCUAUCAAGAAGCUCAAAGAAUCUUUGCUAUUAAAAGCAAGUUCUCUUUUAGAAAAAAACAGGAAUAGACAGAGCCCCAGAGGGAGUACAUGGAAAAGUAGUCACUCUUUAAAGCCACCCAGGUCCUCAACACCUGAGACUAUGAGAAGAGGAGAAAGGCUUGUUCUCGACACAGAUAUUUUCCUUUACCUGAAAAAGACGAGUGGAUUUUAUGAAAGCACACUGAAAAAAUUUCAUGCUCUAUGUCAAGAGACAGUGGAUGGUGAAAUUACCACACUUUGUAUAAGGAAUGCUGAAGGUGGUUCUCAGCCAAACAAUGAAAAACAGGCAUUUCCAUCCUCAUGUUAUAGGGGAAGAAACUAGGAUUUGAAGAGGUGAAAACACUUGUCUGAAGUUAUCUAGCUGCCCAUCAGCAGGAGUUAAACCCAAAGAUAAUAUCUAAGGUAUAAAACUUCGAAAAUUAUAAAACUAAAUUUAAAGAAACUUCACUUUCUCUGCAACCCCAAAUUCUUAGAAAAAAGAGGUAGCCUUCAUUCUAACAUAUAAGAAGUUUGGAUGAUUAUUAUGCCAUUGGCAAUUUCUUAACAUUUACAAAAUUUGCGUUUACUCCAAAUAGAAUUAGAAUCCUAGCAAAACUCACUUGAGAAGCUACUUAGAUGGUAUUUCUGAUGCAGGUAGUCAUUACUUGACCAAAUCCCAUAUUAGUAUAACGCUAUUGGACAUACAGAACAUUUUUACUGCUGCUUACUUAGCCUAAGUGCUUACAUAAAAUGCUGGUUCUCCUGUUGGAAUUAUGAAGGGAGUAUAAUGUCUACUUUAUAAUUGUAUUGUAAAAUUAAAAACAUUUCAGGAAUAAGAUCAUGGAUGAUAAGAAUAAUAGCAAACACUUAACUUGCUAGGCAUAAUUUUAAAUGCAUUACAUAUCUUUACUCAUUCAGUCCUGACAGCAGCCCUGUGAGUUAGGUACUAUCUUUAUCGCCUUUUCACACAUGAGGAAACUGGUGCCUAGUGAUAUAAUGUAACUUGCCCAUGGCUCUGAUUACCGAACGGUGCUUCUCCCUUUUGUAGUCUCUCACAAUUCUACUUAAACAAUUGAGAAAUGUUUCCUUAAAGAUGACAGAAGGAUUUGAAAAUUCUUUACUGAAGGGAAGCCAGAGCUUGUAAGUCAUUUGGUUGUCUGUGACUGACCUGCAUUUAACUUAGCAUUAAGCCAAUUUUAAGUAUCGGGGGCACUGCAGAGACCCUCCCAGGAUAAUAAAAUGAUACAUCUUGCUCAUCUCAAAGUAAACAAACAUGGUUAUGAUGAUUUGAACUGUUUAUAUCAGUAGAAAAGAGUAAGAAAAAUCUAUAUGCUUUCAUUUUUCUUAGCUACCUAAAUCCCAAAUAUGUAAAUGAUUUCUAUUUCUUUAAAUAUGUUAUUUCAUUUCUGUAUGACUAAACUUUUUGCCAUGGGAAAAUUCUCUUUAUAGGAAGUGUCCAAUAAGGUAUCUUUAAAGAGGUGUUUGACUUUCAUUUUGCUUCUGGGGAUUUGUCUCAGUCUGGGUCCAGUCGGGAGAGAGAAGGCACACAGUAAUUUGAACAGGGAAAGUUUAAUAUAAAGAAUUGUUAACUAUGACGGGAUUGGAAUAAUGAGGGAUUGGCUCGUAAGAAACAGAGAAAACUCUACCAAAUACAGGAGUAACAGAUAUAAGGAGUAGUUUAGACAGAGCGCCCAGGGAAAACCUCCCCCACCCACCCUACAGCCCCCAACUUAGAUCCAAACUUUGCCGUAGGGUUUGUGCCAGGGAAUCUUGCUGGAAAUCCAUCCUCUAGGGUACUGGAGGAAUCUGGUUAGAAGGUGUCUCUCCAGCGACCCUCCAUUACAACAUGCCUGAGGGGAUUACUGGGGGGAGCUGCUGGUGGCCGGGUGCUGCUGGCCAUUUGGUACUAUGGGCGCUCAGUGCUGGGGAGGCCUUGGGUGUGGGCGUUGGACACUGGAGCAGCUGCCCAUGCUGCACGAGCCUAAUGCUGGAGAAGCUGCGUAUGGGGGAACCUUCCUCUGCCGGGGACCUGGAUUCUGAGGAGCCUGCCAAUUGAACACACUGAAGGAGGAACAAGGCUCUUUCCUCCUGCAGUGCCUCUCCAGCGCCCUCUACUGAGAAAGCUUAAUAUCUUGCCAGCUACAAAGGAAGGAUAAAAGGCCCAAAUUUGUUUUUACUGAGUAGGCAUAUACGAUGAAUUUAAAGCUGAGUCAAUAAAUUGAUAACUGGCAGUUAUAUGAUACCUACCAAGGCUUUCAUUAUUACCACAAAUUUAAUACCGAUAGAAUAGUCUUUCAGGGACUUCCUUGGUGGCGCAGUGGUUAAGAAUCCGCCUGCCAAUGCAGGGGACACGGGUUCGACCCCUGGUCCGGGAAGAUCCCACAUGCUGCAGAGCAACUA